UUUCCCACGAUCUGCUCGGUUGUCUCUUACAAUCUUCCUCUAGAUCCUUAAAUUUCUUUGUCUUCAUCUCCCCAAGUGCCUCAUUUGUUUUAUAACAAAGAAUCUUUGAAAGAAACAUACAGACAGAACCAGAUAGAUCUGUGGAAGCUGUCUAUUUUGACCAAGAUUUUGCUGUCUUUCAAUACUACACCAGUUUUUUUCACAAGCAAAUACAAAAAUCAUGCAGAUUUUUCAGUGGCUCUUUAAGGCAGCUGAUGAACGAGGAGUUCAAAAUAAUACCACUCGUAAAGAUCAAGAAGAUAAACCCAAAGAAAUAGUCCGGUCUAAGAAUAAUAAGAAGAGUAGAUCAAAGAUCGACAGCUCUCGUUCAACACAUCAACAAUCCCAUUCCCAAGCCAUAAGGAAGAUGAAGAGAGAAGGAUUGGUGGUUGUUAGUCACAAAUCGGAUUCCAGCAAAGUGUCGCCGCUGAGUGAAGCUCAAGUUGCAGCCUCGUCAUCGAAGAAAGACAAAAAAACCCAAACCCGUUUCUCGUAUGAAGGAGUUGUUGAGAUGGGCUGCUUCGGCCAAAUCGGAGAAAAAGUUGAGCAAAAAGGUUAAUGGUGGACGACUCAGUAGCAGCGAGUCUCCGAAGAUUAGUUUUAGAUGGGAAGCGGAGAGCUGCUCCACUGUUUCUUCUUCCAUUUCUGGGAUUUCGUUAAGAAACGAUGAAGCCUGCAACUUGGUUUCGUUGAAUUCAACGGUUAUACACGGCUUGAAUCGUUGCUCUACAAGAAGAGGGAAUUGGAUAACUACAGACUCUGAAUUUGUGGUGCUGGAGCUACGAGGGUGAUGGAAUGGAGAAGGUGAAGUUUGGUGGGUUGAACAUGUGAAAGGAAAACUCCACAGCCA